CCCCCGGGGGCGCGGAGCGGCGGCGCCGGGGGGGGCCAUGGGGUCCCAGGUGCUGCAGAUCCUGCGGCAGGGGGUGUGGGCCUCCCUCACGGGCGGCUGGUUCUUCGACCCCCACCAGAGCACCUUCUCCAACUGCUUCCACCUCUACACCUGGAUCUUCCUGCUCACCUUUCCCUUCCUGCUGUACAUGGUCCUGCCCCCCAGCAUGCUGGUGGCCGUCGGGUACUGCCUGGUGGUGGCCGUCAUCUUCACCACCAUCAAGACCGUCAACUACCGCCUCCACGCCAUGUUCGACCAGGGCGAGAUCGUGGAGAAGAGGAACUCGGCCCUGGGCGAGGCGGACGAGGAGCCCCCACCCGGGGACGGCGGUCUGCCCAGAGACCCCGGGGUGGAGAUGACGGUCUUCCGGAAGGUGAGCGCCACGCCGCCGGUGCGCUGCAGCUCUCAGCAUUCCGUGUUCGGCUUCAACCAGGUCACGGAGCUGAUGCCAAGGAUGGAAGACUGUGGACCCCUGCGAGACAUCAAGGAGCUGGUCAGGGAGCAGGGCAGUAACAACGUGAUCGUGACCUCGGCAGAUCGCGAGAGGCUGAAGAUGAGCUCCCAGGAGAGACUGAUUGGGGAUCUCCCCCAGACUCCUCCCGGGGCUCCCCCGGAGGCCUCGCUCCCCAGUACGGACUCCUCGGAGCGCCUGGCGGCAGCUGGCACCAGAAGCACGCCCUGGGCCGGGGGCAGCGGGGCCGACAGCCCCCUGAGCCCCCUACUCAAGGGCAGCCUGAGCCAGGAGCUGAGCCAGAGCUUCCUGAACCUGCCGCUCCCGGACCGGCCCGUGGUUCGCACCAGCAGCCGCAAGGAGGAGCGGAGCCGGGGAGGGGCCGGCUACCGGCCGCUGGAGCAGCGGGGGCCCGGGGACCCCGCCCCCCAGAAGGCCGGCUCGUCCGACUCCUGCUACAGCGGCACGGACAAGGAGACCCUGAGCAGCUUCAAGAGCGAGAAGACCAACUCCACCCACCUGGACAGCCCCCCGUCCGGGCCCCGCCGGGACGGCAGCGACACGGACCCGCCCUCGGAGGGCGAGCUGCCCCCCUCGCCGGAUGCCGGGGUCCCCUCCGACGACACCCUGCGCUCCUUCGACACCGUAGUCGGGGCCGGGACGCCCCCCGGAGGGCCCGAGCCGCUCCCGGUGGUCCGGCCCAAGGACCUGGCCCUGAUGCGGCCGGGGAAGCGCCGCCCGCCCGCCCGCCGCCACCCCCCACCCGACGGGGGACCCCGGCGCCCCUACCCGGCCGCGGGCCGCCCCUUGCUGGAAGGCGGCGGAGGCGGCGGCUUCUUUGAGGACGAGGACUCGAGCGAGGGCAGCGAGCUGAGCCCCGCGUCCAGCCUGCGCUCCCAGCGGCGCUACAGCACCGACAGCUCCUCUUCCACGUCUUGCUACUCGCCCGAGGGCGAGCGGGGGGCCGGGGGCGGAGCCCGCAAGCGCCGGGCCCCCCGGGGCGGGGAGGAAGGUGCCCCGGCGCCCCCCAAGCGGCCCUAUGGGGCCCAGCGCACCCCCAGCACCGCCAGCGCCAAGACCCACGCCCGGGUCCUGAGCAUGGACGGGGCCGGGAGCGAGGGGCUCCGGGGGCCGCUGGCGGGCUCCAAGGCGGAGCUGGAGGCCCAGGCCGGGGGCUCGGGGGGACCGGGGACCGCCCCGCUGGCCCCCGAGGGCUUCGCCUUGGGCGGCCGCCGCCGAGGUCCCACCGCCAAUCAGCCCGGCUGGCGUGGGGAGCUUCAGGAGGAGGGCGCCAUCGGGGGAGCGGCCGAGGAGGGCGGCAAGCGGGACCGAUCGAGCAGCGUGCGGCGGACCCAGGCCAUCAGGAGGCGACACAAUGCGGGCAGCAACCCCACUCCACCCUCCUCUAUCAUGGGCUCUCCUCCAAGCUUGCAGGAGGCCCAGCGGGGGCGGGCCGCCUCCCACUCGCGGGCCCUGACCCUUCCCUCCGCCCUGCACUUCGCCUCGUCCUUGCUGCUGCCCCGGGCGGGCGGGAACGUGCACGAGGCCUGCACUUUCGACGACACCUCCGAGGGCGCCGUGCACUACUUUUACGACGAGAGCGGCGUGCGGCGUUCCUACACCUUCGGCCUGGCCGGUGGUGGCUACGAGAACCCCGUGGGGCCGCCCGUCAGCGGGGAGCAAGCGACCAACGGGGCUUGGGACCGCCACUCCCACUCCUCCAGCUUCCAUUCGGCCGAGGUUCCUGAGGCUUCUGGGGGACUGGCGCUGCUCCAGCCCCGCCCCGUGGUGCUGCAGGGGAUGCAGGUGCGCAGGGUCCCGCUGGAGACCCCGGAGUUUGACCUGCUGGACCAGGACUCCUUGCACGAGUCCCAGGAGCAGACGCUGAUGGAGGAGGCCGCCCCCCGACCCCAGCACAGCUACAAGUACUGGCUACUGCCCGGCCGCUGGACACCCGUGCGAUAUGAACGACUCGCCCUGCUGGCCCUCCUGGACCGGACACGUGGGGUGCUGGAGAACAUCUUCGUGGUCUGGCUCGGCAGCCUGGUGGCUUUUCUGGGCUACCUGCUCCUGCUCAAGGGCUUCUUCCGGGACAUAUGGGUCUUCCAGUUCUGCCUGGUCAUCGCCUCCUGUCAAUACUCUCUGCUCAAGAGCGUGCAGCCUGACGCCGCCUCCCCCAUGCACGGUCACAACUGGGUGAUCGCGUACAGCCGGCCCGUCUACUUCUGCCUCUGCUGCCUCCUGAUCUGGCUGCUGGACGCCUUGGGCGCUGCCCUGCCCUUCCCCCCGGUCUCUCUCUAUGGCCUCACCCUCUUCUCUGCCCCCUUUUUCAUCUGUGCCCGUGAUGUCGCCACCGUGUUCACGCUGUGCUUCCCGGCCGUCUUCCUCCUGGGCCUCCUGCCUCAGGUCAACACCUGCCUCAUGUACCUACUGGAGCAGAUCGACAUGCACGGCUUUGGGGGAACAGCCACCAGCAGCCCCCUCACCGCGCUCUUCAGCCUCCUCCGCAGCCUCCUGGCUGCCUCCCUGCUCUACGGUUUCUGCCUCGGGGCCAUCAAGGCUCCUUGGCCGGACCAGCACGUCCCGGUCCUCUUCUCCGUCUUCUGUGGCCUCCUGGUGGCGUUGUCCUAUCACCUGAGCCGGCAGAGCAGCGACCCCACCGUGCUCUGGUCCCUGAUCCGCACCAAGCUGUUCCCCGACUUGGAGGAGCGGAGCUCGGAGACGCCCCGGCCGGAAGCCCCCGACCCCUUGCCCGGGAAGCUGAGGCAGUCGCUGCGGGAGACCCUGCAUUCGGACCUGGUGAUGUGCACCGUGAUCGCCGUCCUCAGCUUCGCCGUCAGCGCCAGCACCGUCUUCAUCGCCCUCAAGUCGGUCUUGGGCUUUGUCCUGUACGCACUGGCUGGGCUCCUGGGCUUCCUCACCCACUACCUCCUGCCCCAGCUCCGUAAGCAGCUGCCCUGGUUCUGCCUCUCCCAGCCGGUGCUCAAGUCCCAAGAGUACAGCCAGUUUGAAGUACGGGGGGCGGCGCAGCUGAUGUGGUUUGAGAAGCUGUACGCCUGGCUGCAGUGCGUGGAGAAGUACCUCGUGUACCCCGCCGUGGUGCUCAACGCCCUCACCGUCGACGCCCACACCGUCAGCGGCCACCCGGACAAGUUCUGCCUCUACUGCCGAGCCCUGCUGAUGACAGUGGCCGGCUUGAAGCUGCUGCGUUCUGCGUUCUGCUGCCCGCCCCAGCAGUACCUGACCCUGGCCUUCACCGUCCUGCUCUUCCAUUUCGACUACCCCCGCCUUUCCCAGGGCUUCCUCCUCGACUACUUCCUCAUGUCCCUGCUCUGCAGUAAGAUGUGGGACCUGCUGUACAAGCUGCGCUUUGUGCUGACCUACAUCGCGCCCUGGCAGAUCACCUGGGGCUCCGCCUUCCACGCCUUCGCCCAGCCCUUUGCCGUGCCCCACUCGGCCAUGCUGUUCGUGCAGGCCCUCCUGUCCGCCCUCUUCUCCACCCCGCUCAACCCGCUCCUGGGCAGCGCCGUCUUCAUCAUGUCCUACGCCCGGCCCCUCAAGUUCUGGGAGCGUGACUACAACACUAAGCGGGUGGACCACUCUAACACCCGCCUGGCCACCCAGCUGGACCGAAACCCAGGGGCCGACGACAACAACCUCAACUCCAUCUUCUACGAGCACCUGACCCGCUCCCUGCAGCACACGCUGUGCGGCGACCUGGCCCUCGGCCGCUGGGGCAAUUACGGCCCCGGGGACUGCUUCAUCCUGGCCUCCGACUACCUCAACGCCCUGGUGCACCUCAUCGAGGUUGGCAACGGGUUGGUCACCUUCCAGCUGCGGGGCCUCGAGUUCCGAGGGACAUACUGUCAGCAGCGGGAAGUGGAGGCCAUCACGGAGGGGGUGGAGGAGGACGAGGGGUGCUGCUGCUGCGAGCCCGGCCACCUGCCCCGCGUCCUGUCCUUCAACGCCGCCUUCGGCCAGCGCUGGCUGGCCUGGGAGGUGACGGCCAGCAAGUACGUGCUGGAGGGCUACAGCAUCAGCGACAACAACGCCGCCUCCAUGCUCCAGGUCUUCGACCUGCGCAAGAUCCUCAUCACCUACUACGUCAAGAGCAUCAUCUACUACGUGAGCCGCUCCCCGAAGCUGGAGGCGUGGCUGGCCCACGAGGGCAUCGGGGCGGCGCUGCGGCCCGUGCGGGCCCCCGGCUACGCCGACUCGGACCCCACCUUCUCCCUGAGCGUGGAUGAGGACUACGACCUGAGGCUGGCCGGCCUCUCCCUCCCGGCCUUCUGCGCCGUCCACCUCGACUGGGUCCAGUACUGUGCCGCCCGACGGGGACAGCCCGUGGAGCGGGACUGGAACUCGCCUCUCGUCACCCUGUGCUUCGGGCUGUGCGUGCUGGGGCGUCGGGCUCUGGGCACAGCAUCCCACAGCAUGUCCGCUAGCCUGGAGCCCUUCCUGUAUGGGCUGCACGCCCUGUUCAAGGGGGACUUCCGCAUCACCUCCCCCCGGGACGAGUGGGUCUUCGCCGACAUGGACCUGCUGCACCGCGUGGUGGCCCCGGGGGUCCGCAUGGCCCUCAAGCUGCAUCAGGACCACUUCACGUCUCCGGACGAGUACGAGGAGCCGGCCGUGCUGUACGACGCCAUCGCCGCCAACGAGGAGCGCCUGGUCAUCUCGCACGAGGGCGAUCCCGCCUGGCGCAGCGCCAUCCUCAGCAACACGCCCGCCCUGCUGGCCCUGCGCCACGUCCUGGACGACGCCUCCGACGAGUACAAGAUCAUCAUGCUCAACCGCAGGCACCUCAGCUUCCGCGUCAUCAAGGUGAACCGGGAGUGCGUGCGGGGCCUGUGGGCCGGCCAGCAGCAGGAACUCGUGUUCCUGCGGAACCGCAACCCGGAGCGGGGCAGCAUCCAGAACGCCAAGCAGGCCCUGCGCAACAUGAUCAACUCCAGCUGCGACCAGCCCCUGGGCUACCCCAUCUACGUCUCGCCGCUCACCACCUCCUUCGCUGGCAGCCACCCGCAGCUGCGGGCCCUGUGGGGCGGCCCCGUCAGCCUCCAGGCCAUCGCCCGCUGGCUCCUGCGCAGCUGGGAGAGGCUACAGAAGGGCUGUGGGGCCGGCUGCAACAGCGGCGGGAACGUCGACGACUCCGACUGCGGGGGCGGCUCCUCCGUCAGCAAUAAUCCCGCGGGACCCCACCCUGCCCCCGAGACCACCACCACCCCCACCACCGCCACUACCACAGGCCCUGAGCCGGCUGUGCCCCUGGGCCCAGGCUGGGCGGGCCGGCCGCCCGUGAGUGGGGCCGGGGAAGGGCGGCGAGAGGGAGCCCUGCCUCCGCUGCAGUGGCCCCCCUCCCUGCUCAGCCCUCCCCGGCUUCCCGGCCCGCCCCCCGCCUCCCCCACCCCGCCAGAGGCCUCUCGGCCCCCCCGACCUGGGGCCCCCAACCCGUUCAGCUUCGAGGGGCUGAGCGGGAAGUGGAGCCUGGGGGGGCGCAAGGGGCUGGGAGGGGGCGGCGAAGGGGAAGCCGCCUCAGGGAGCCCUAAGGGAGGCACUCCCAGGUCCCAGGCUCUCAGCGUCUCCCCACCGGACCUCAGCCUCAGCCCUGACGUCAGUACUGACACCUCUCCGCCGGACCCAGCACAGGACACCCCCUUAUCAGGCGGGCCCCCCGACACGGGGCCUUGCGGCCGGCGGGGAGACUGGACAGUCCCGCAGGAGGAGCGCGACAGCCCGGCGGCCCAGCCCCUGCUGGAGCACCAGUACUGAGCGAGCCGACGCCCGGGGCCAUCUGACACAGGGCACGCACACGUUGGGGGCCCAUCCGCGGCCGGCCGACAGGACGCGGGAGCCCACGGCCGGCCCGGUCUGCAACGGGCGAGCCCGAGGCCAGGGCGUCCUGGAGCCGGACCGACCCGGGACCGGCGAGCUUGGGGCUGGAUGAGCCCGGGGCCCGGCGAACCUGGAGUCGGGCGAGCCCGGGACCGGACCGGCCAGGGAAUGGCGAGCCCACAGCCGGACGGGCCAGAGGCCGGCCGACCCCGCCCCAAGGGAGCCGGGAGCUGGCCGGGCUCCGGCCCGGCCACCCUGGGCCCCCGCCUCGCGCACCAAGCCCAUGGGCCGGUCCCGUUCAGAGCUCCGGUGGCCCGGCCUGGAUCCGGGUCUCCCCCCCAGGACAAAGCCGGGGCUCGUGGCCACCCGGAGACUUGGGUCAGCCGGGGCAGCGCAGCGGGGAGGGGUCCUUUGGAGCUGAGGCUCCGGAGGCUCCGACCCUCCCUUCCCCUGAGGUCCCGCCGUCGAGCGGGGGUCUCGGAGGGGAAUUUUUUUUUUUUUUUGUGUUGGACAUCAGAAUUAAUAACACUAUUUUUGAUUUUG